CGAAGCUGCGCGGCUGCGCUGGCUGCUCCGUGGGCGGCGAUCGGACUCGGUAAGGAGGAUGCCGAGGAGGCAGGCUCACAGGCCACACGUGCGAGCGCGGGUGAGGAGAAAAAGCGAGCGGGACAAGGACUUUUGGAGAGAGGUCAGCACGGAGUUGUGGCUGUAGGCGUUGCCAUGGUAACUGGGGGGGACCGGAUGUGGCGAUCUUAGGAUGCGACAGGCCUCUCGCGUGCCGCCCGAGGCCCGAAGCCUGUCCAGUGUCUCACCGCAAUGCGGUGAUGCUUUUCCACGUGGGAUGGAACUGCACCAGGGGAGCAGAGCUCCCCCACGCGCGGCAGAGUGAGCGUGGCAACUUGUAGGAGCGAACUGCCGCAGCCGGUCCGCGGCCUCCCGGAAGUGGCAUUGGCGGGAGCCUCGGUCACCCGGCCCCCCGCCCACCCGGAAGCGGAAGGAAAGUUAGUGUGCCCCUUCCUCACUGCCCUCCAAAAUCCUGCUGCAGCCAUUGCCGCAGCCGCUAUGCCGAAACGAAAGACGCAGGACCAGCAGCAGCCGCCGCAGCAUCUCUCAAUGUCCGAGCGGGACGAGCCUGGAGACGAGGAGGAUGAGCGCCCCAUGGGUCAGAGUGCAGCCUUCUGUGAACUACUCCCCCUUGGGAAGGAGAGGAGAAAAAAACUAUGAUGGGCCAACAGUUAAGGUGAGGGACUGGGGUAUGUGGGAUCACUGGGCAUGUUGUGGAUGCAGCACUGUUGAGGAAAGAGCUGUUAGAGACCUCUGUUACCCUCUGAUGGAAUCUCAAACAACUCUGCAGAGGGACGGGCAGAUGGACGGGGUGAGAGCUUGCGGCACUGCUAAGUGGAUAUAUGACUUUACUGGUUAAAAACUGAGUGUUAAAGACCACGUUAGAACGAGGAGGUGAUCAGUCCUUCGCACCGUUCCGAUGACCGUGUUUUCACGUCUGCUCUUAGGACCACCCAGCCUUCUGGGCCCUCCCCCCAUGGCUAAUGGAAAGCCUGGUGAUCCCAAGUCAGCUUUCCACAGGGGUCCUCCAGGAUCAAGGGGACCAAUGAUUCUACCACUGCUGAGUCUCCCACCUCCACCCCGGGGUAGAGGCCACAUUCGGGGAGGCCUUGGCCCUCGAUCUAGCCCAUAUGGUCGUGGUUGGUGGGGUAUCAAUACUGAACCUCCUUUUCCUGGGCUGGGCCAUGGGGGUCCCUCUAGGGAAAGCUUUUACAGAGAGCCAAGAAAUCCACGAAGGCUCAAAAGCUGGUCUCUUGUCAAGAAUACCUACCCACCUAAGGACAGUCCCCAGAUGAUGGAAGACAAGUCUGACCGCCCUGUCUGCCGACACUUUUCUAAGAAGGGCCACUGUCGAUAUGAAGACCAUUGUGCCUUCUACCAUCCAGGCGUCAACGGACCUCCUCUGUGAGACUGUGCCUUCCCACCCAGGCUGGAAAGAGCCCUCUGACCUAGUGGCCAUGCAUUUUCUGUGGCUCCAUUAUAGCUACUUGAAGGCUCUUCUGUCACCUUCAGGCAGUGACAAGUCCGCCCCUUUCAUCUCUCCCAUUUGGGGUCCAGAGCUGUGACUGUCACUGGUGCACAGUGCACACUGUCUUCUGAUCCAGGCUGUAGAGACCUUCGGGACCCCAUCUUGCUACCUUCCACUGCCUCCUGGAUCGUCCCCUCUGCCAAGUGACUGCUCAACAGGAAACCUUUGGUGCUGGAUCUUGUGCAUCUGUCCACCUGCCCCUCAGUAUUGCCCUAAGUUCCCAAGAACCCUGGAGCAGUCUCUGCUCCUCUAGCUGCUUGUUUUAAGUCCUUUCACGUAAAACCCCAGUGUUUGCAGCUGCCAGGAAGUGCACCAGGUUGUCUGGCCUUGAGGUUGAGUUUGAGUGACUGGUACAGACUUGCUCCCUGAACAGCUUCCACCUGCUUUUGGACGUCCUAGUUUCUGUCCGUAGCAUGAGCCCCACCGCUAAGGCCUGUGGUCACUGUGCUUUGUGAAACUGUACACCCUUUGUAGCCUUCCUCGGUGUCUGUGGCGUUUUUUUGUGACUUCCCAACACUAGAGUAAGUUUUUCUGCCAAAUCAAGUGAGGCUCUCGGUGCCCUCUAGAGUUCACCUACCUCCCAACGCAGGAGGUCAUGAGACUUCUUCAGACUGCCUCCCAAUUGUGCCCUCUCCUGGUGUGGGUAUUCUGGGUCUGACAGGCCAGUGAUAUCUUGGAAAGCCUCAGGUGGGACUCCCCACACGGCUCCUGCCUGGCACGUUUUAAUCAGGCUGUGUCAUUGUGAGGCCACCGGCCCUUUGUUUUGACUUGUGAAUCUCCAGCUGUCUCUGGAUGAAAUCUGGACAGUACUGUCAUCUCUCUGACCCUCUCCUGCUUCCCUGGCACUGGGUGUUUUCUGUGAAAACGGCAGUGAACACAUUGGGUUGUGAACAGGCCCUAAGGAGGUGUGUGUGCAAGAGGAGAGAGCUGUUGGAGAACUAAGAAGGAUUUUUUUUUUCUUUCUAACUUUUUUUUAUAUUAGUAAUAAACAGUGGAAACCGGUA